CUGGCAACAUGAAGAAACUUAUCAGCACUUUGCUUCCUCUUCUUUUCGUAAUUUGCUUAGGAUUUGGUGAAUUGAUUGGUGCUAGUAAUAUGGGAGCUGGUUCUAACAAUCCGGCUGGAGGUUCCGGUAAUCAGGGAAAACGUCCUAGUAAUCCGGAAUCAAGUUCUAGCGAUACCAAAAAACGCGAGUGGAAAAAGCGCAACAGGGGCGGCCGUGUGCCAGAUCCAAUAAUUACGCCCCCAAGAGUGUCGCUUCUGACUUACCGCCACGAUGGAACUUUCAGUUAUGAGGAUAAAACAAUUUAUGUGUGGACAGAUGCGAAUAUGGAGUUAGCACAAGCUAACUUUCCUGGAAUGAUUACUCAAGACUACGAAGCUUAUAAACCUGAUGGUCUUCUAAUCGGUCUUGAUUCUAUAGGAGGUCAGUCAAUAGUGAUAUAUAAGUUAAAAAAUGGAACACUUAUAGGAGUCCGAGCACCGAGACGUCAGGCUGGAAACUUUCUGGAACCUUCUGCCAACGAGUGGUUUAUCAUUAAUAAUCGAAUAUUCUGGAAGUUGUAUGUAAGACCUGUGCAAACUGUGUCCCCAGAUGACUACCCAAGAUAUCGCUACAAUGCAGUAGGAAUUGAGCUCUUACUUGGAAAAAAUAAGCGGCAAGUUCUUAUAGAGGAUAAAAAGGAGAAGGUUGAGUUUCCUUUGGGAAUAACAUUUUGCAUUUACAAAAGGCACCUUAAACAACUUUAUCCAGAAGUUAUGGGAGCUUUUAUUCCUCAGGCUAAUAAAGUCAAUGAAAAUGGGGUACGUUUGAUUUGUUAAAAAGAUUUUCACCAAUGUGCUAAGUAUUGCUCUUGAACUGCUCGAUUGUUUUUAGAACAGCUAUACGAUAAACUUAAUUAUUGCUCAAUUUCGAAUGCAUAAAAAUAAAAAAAGGUGAAUAUUGGCAUUUUAAAGUGACAAAUUGUUAUCCCAUUUUUUAAACUAAGUUUAACAACAAAUUUUUAAUUAAGGGCAUGUGAUACUCAGAAAAUUAUCGAUUUUACCAAUUUGAGGUUCCCCC